AUGCCUUUGGAACCCCCGGCAGAAGAAAAGUUUCAAAGCAAAGAAGAAUUGUUUAAGAGAGUACAAGAACACGCUCAACUACAAGGAUAUGCAGUUGUCACUAGAUCAUCGCGUAAAGGAUUACUUUACUUGCAAUGUGAUAAAGGCGGACAAUUCAAGAAUAAUAGAAAUUUAACUGAGGAAACUAGAAAGCGUAAACCUAAUAGCAAGUGCACUGGAUGUCCAUUCAUGCUUAGAGGAAAGGAAUUAAGUGGGGAAGACAGUGAAUGGCAAUUGAGUAUCUUAGAAUCUGAUCAUAAUCAUACGCCUUCAAAUAAUCUUAAAGAUCAUUCUAUUUUGAGAAGAUUAGAUGAAAAUCAGAAGUUGUUGGUUAAAAAGAUGAGGUCUGAAGGAUCUAAGCCGAUUGAGAUAGUGAAUUACUUCAAAUCAAGUGAUCUACCACCAAUUACAAUCAAAGACGUUCAUAAUAUAAUGAAAAAGUUCAUUUCAAAUACAGAUUCAAAGGAUUCAAAGGAAUCUACCAUAGAUAGUUUAGAAUCUUUGGUUGCUUCUUUGAAUAACAAUUCAUCAGAAUACACUUCCGAAUCCACUAAAAAGCGCAAAUCACCUUCGACUCAUCAAUCACAACAAUCCCAAACAAAGAGAAAGCCCAUCAAAUGUUCAAGAUGUCAUCAAACUGGUCACUCAAGAGCUCAUCCAGAUUGUCCGCUUAGACCUACUGAGGAGGAACUGCCCUCAUUAGAAUUUAGCAACGAAGAUCUAGCUACAUGGGGUAUGCUAUCAUUGGUGAAUGAUAACAAUCCAGGUGAAAAUAUUCAACCUUCUUUCUAUCACAACAUCAACGAUUCCACGUUUGAUCUGACCUUUAAUUGA